AUGGUGCUGCACCCUGCGCGGACAGACCGUCCCGUGACCAAGCUGCCACUGCUACUGACUGCGUCGCCAAGCAACGUCGGGGUUCAAAUCGACUCGUAUCGCAACAAAGAUGUCUACAACCGACCGCGCUCGACCGCGUUCACGUCGGCGUUUCACGGCUUUAUGUUUGAGGACCAUCGGCUACAGAACGCGCCCCGCAUGUCGCUGCGCGCCGCCCAGCGAGCCCAGGACGCAGUGCGGCGGCAAGAAAAGCUCGCCGCCUACGCCAUCGCGCGGCACGACGCCCUCGUCCGACUCGAGGAGAAGCGCAAGCAGCGCGAGUACCUUCGCCGUCUCCGCAUUUGGGAGCACCACCAAGCACUCAAAGCCGAGAGCGAGCGGCACUGGGAGCAUGAAUGCGCCAACCGCAUUCAAGCGCUGCAUCGCGGCUACGUGGUGCGCAAGGAGCUGGCGGCACUGCACGCGGCGGCAGCGCAGAUCCAAGCGCAUGUUCGUCGCAUGACGGCGCAGGCAGCGUACCGAGCGCGGCGCGUCGCCGUGUGCCAGGAGGUCUCGGCCACGCGGAUCCAGGCAUAUGUGCGCCGUCACUUGGUAGCGAAGCGGUACCCUCAGCGUUCUCACCCUGCGCCCGUUGUUGCGCCUAUUGAAGCGAGGUGUGCCCAGCGCGAAGAGCCCUUGGACCCGAUGAGUGAUGCGACGUUGAUGGCAUCACCUCCGACGAUUGCUAGCCCGGCGACAGCAGCAGCAUCCGACACUGACAAAGCGGCGACGAGCAAGGACGACGGGGACCACCAAGCACAGAGUGAGCUACGCGCCCCGACGACGGUAUCGGUAGUUAGAACACCCGUGCCACCACCGACGCGACCACGCCUGACCGUGCUCAAGCGUGUCGGUGGCGGGUUUCGCAAACUCUUUCAAAAGCCAUCGACGCCCAAGCCGGUGGCAACACCGCGGCGAGCAUCCCCGCGACGACCCGCGCCAUCGACACCCAAGCCCCAGACAUGGAAUGACAUUGCGAACCGGCCGUUGCCACAACCGAAAGCGCUUCAGCUGUACAUCCAAGACCCCAACCUGGCCGAGAAGCUAAACUUGACGCUGCCGCUGGGCGAGGUGACUUCGUACACGUCGGUCGACCGAGCGCUCCUCGGGGCCGACGACGGCGUUGAAAACAACGACGACGACGACGACGACAGGUGUUGUCCAGAGACGUCGUUCGCCGCGUCGCCCGCCACCAUAUUUUCGUUUGGAAAAAACACGCUCGAGGUAGCCGACUGGAGCAUCCUGCUGGACAAGGACUUGGACGCUCGACCGCACGAGACGCCGACGGUCGUCAUUGUCCGCCACCCAUCCCGGAAAGAGAUACCCGUCUCGAAUCGAUGUGACGACCCGCGACUUGACUCGGCAGAAACGGUCGCAGAAGACGUGCCACCGCUCACAUACACUCCGUCGUCCGAUGAGCAGCUCCGGGCCCUCGAAGCCUACGCGUGCAUGCUGCAAAAGGUGCUACAGGCCGAGCGUCUCUGUCUUGACGACGUCGCGGCCACCGACCGUGCGCUGUCGUGCUCGCCGCACACUGGCGUCCAGAAGGCGUCCGGGGUCGUCUGUUGGAAAUGCUCGACGCGGAUCGACAACUCCAAGCGUCACUUUCUCAUCGUCCAGAGCUUGGACGAGACUACGUUCGAGUACGACGUCACGACGCUCCGUCCGCGACUUUGUCAGCUGCUUGACCAGAUUCAAAUGACCCGCGCCGACCUCGAGUCGCAGCUUGGCAGCAGUCGGUAUGAAGUCGUCGUCACGGCAGCGCUGCUCAUUCAGGCGACGUAUGCUACGUGGCGCGCCGCCAAGCGAGAAGCGUGUGCCACCGCGACUUGGAAAGCGUCGACGCAGCGGUUCGCGAUGCGCCUGCGCCGACGAGCAGCCGCAAAAGACCUGCUUCGGCUCCAACGCAGGUGGCGAGCGCGAGAACUCAAGCCGUCGGCGGUGACAUCGAUUCCGACGCUUGACCAAGCAGCCGUGGAAACGCGUGUGCUUGGCGUCUUGCCACCACUGGUAGCAGUCACCCGACGUCCAAGUGUCCGGGUCAAGGUAGAGCCGGCCGAGUACCGGUGCUUUGCGCCCCAGUGCGGUGGUCGGCGGUUCACGCAUCGCAAGUGGUACGAAGCCCACCUUCAAAAGCAUUACAAGGCCAAGGAGCGCAUCGCUGCCGAGAAGGCGUUUCUGAGCCGGUUGCAGCCAAUGGUCAAGGCCACUGGCGUCCUGCCGUCCGUCCAAACGCUGUCAGCAGUGCCACCGCCUGUCGCGCUCCCUGCGCUGCGCACCGCCACGACGCUGCCCCCGCUCACUGCGUCGUCGACCGCUUCGACCGCGUCACCCAGCGCCGUACUGCAGCUCAUUCGGCUCGACGAGCCGUCGCCACCCCGCAUCAUUCGCAUCGUCCAUUCACACGUUAUCGGCCGCAGCUCGACCCGCUGCGACGUUGUCAUCGAGAGCCAGCAUUUCCAAGGCCUCGUGAGCAAAUGCCAUGCACGCAUCUCGGUCCACCUCCAUGGCAAUACGAUGGCGUACGACGUGUGCACAUGCAGACGGCGGUCACCUCACACAUCAUGGGCUAGGCCCGCGGUGCAGCUCGACGACCUUGGCAGCACCAAUGGCACGUUUGUCAACGGCGAGCUCGUGACGUCGGUCGUCCAUUUGGCCGCCGGCGACCUCAUCGAGCUGGGGCGUGUCCGCGGCAAGCCCGAGAGUGGCGUCGUGUUCACCUGCCGGUCGCCCGUCCUCGUCGAUUCCAGAAUGCAAGGCUUGUCGGUCAGCACAACGCGGAAGCUCUUUGCCUGUCAGCUCGUGACCUGCGAAGCAAUCCCCGAGAGCCGCAGCAAGUACACGUAUCGAGGCGUCGACCUCACGCGGGCAUGGGUCCAGGGUGUCAUCGUCGCGACCGAGGCGCAGCGCAUUGCGCUUGACGACGGCACGGGCAUCGUCUGGGUGCACGUCGAGAACGUGCUUAAGAACACGCGGUCGCUCUCGCUGCCCAUUGGCGCGUAUGUGAUGGUCAUUGGUCCACCGACUGGUCGCGAGAUGCUGCAAGCGCACCAGGUCAUGCCAUUGGGCGUGGGCCGCGAAGCGCUGUGGUGGCUCGAGGUCGCCGAGUACUGGCACCUCCUCGUGCCACCCGUGAUCGAGCUCGAGUAG